AUGUGGCUCCAGCUGCCAUCAACCGACACCCUGACGCGGCCGCGCAUCGCCGUGGUCCUCUUCUCUGCUGUCGCCGCGGCAUCUCUUGGCUACUAUACCUACCAGGCCAAUCGAGACCAGUACGAUGAAAUCCAAGGCCCCGGCCUCCACCGAAGCAACGCCGUUCGCCGGAACCACAGACGAUCGCGUCGCAACUCGCUCUCAUCCGAAGGCUCUCAUGGCGACGAGAACAUCGAUCUGGACGCCAUGCGCCCAGCGAACGAUGCUGAUACGAUAGUUGAUGGCGGAACCGUCGACGAAUGGUGGAACGAUCCCAAUAGCAUGCAACCUCAGGCGCGAGCCGGCCACAACAUCGUCAGCCUUCUAUUUAGGGUAUCCGAGGACAAUGCCAGGCGAAACGCGUGCGUCCAUAGGGGCUGCGCAUGCAACGCCUGUGGCAUGGUACCGAUCCGUGGUGUCCGAUACCGAUGCGCCAAUUGUGCCGACUUUGACCUCUGCGAAACCUGCGAAUCCCAAGGAGUUCACAUUAAGACUCACAUCUUCUACAAGAUCAAGGUCCCCGCCCCGCCCUUUGGUCCCCGUCAGAUGCAGCCUGUAUGGUACACCGGUGACCCCGACACGCAGAUACGGAAUCUAGGUAAGGGCUUGAUGGCCAGACUGAGCAGGGAAACCGGCUUCGAAAGACCCGAGAUUGAAGCUUUCUGGGAACAAUUCACGUACAUGGCGAACACGGAAUGGCGCGAGGACCCCGACGAGCUGGCGCUGGCCAUGGACAAGAAGACCUUUGAGCGUUGCCUGGUUCCGUCGGGCGGCUCUAGACACGCAACACCAAAUCUUAUCCACGACCGCAUGUUCUCCUUCUACGACACAAAUAAUGAUGAUCUCAUUGGCUUCACUGAAUUCCUCCACGGACUUGCGUAUCGCAAACGCAAGGACAAGCUGCGCAAGAUCUUCGAAGGCUAUGACAUUGACGGAGACGGUUUUGUCAACCGCCGCGACUUCCUGCGUAUGUUCCGCGCAUACUACGUUCUCUACAAGCAGAUGCACCGCGAUAUUCUCGACGGGCUUGACGAUCAGCUUAUGGGUAGCACCGAGGCACAGCAACUUGUCACCGGUCGACAGCCCCUCAGUAGCCUGUUCGGCCGAGAGGGUAGAGUGCCUCGCGCUGAUGGCAACAAUCGCAGCGAGGGCAAGAUCUUCCACCCUAAUGGAGAUGUAGAACUGGAACCUGGUCGACGCGGCGUCGUGAGCGACAAUCGGGUCGAUACCUCGGGACGAGAGGAUGUGCUUACUCGGCUCUUCGCUCCUUACAUCGGAAGCCCCUGGUCUCUCCAAAUGCGAUCUCCUGACAGCGAGCCCGAUACACCGUACUGGGAUGCUCUGUUAAACCCGCCUACCACUAUAGACGAUCUGCCUGCCUUGCUUACUGGGCAACGUCGGGAACGUAAUGGCAUCGAUUUUGACUUUGAACUUGAGCUCGGCAGCUCGGAUGGCGAGGAAGGAGGUAACAAUAACUCGGAUGCGGAGAAUAGGAGUCAACCAGGCGACGAGCCGGCACAAGUCAACGGUACCACAAACCACAGCCAGAGAGUCGAUCCCGACCAGUUCACCAACGCAAUGCCUACCGAGAGUCAGCUCAGAGCCCAGGUCAUCAACCAUAAGAGGCAGAUGGCCCCUGAUGUCGAGCGCAAAAGACGGCAAGCUGCUAGAAAACAGCUGCACGACAGAUGGAAGAGGAGACAAUUCUAUCUCGAUGAGGAAGAGGGCGGUCUUGCCCCCGAUGGCUGGCAAUCAGACGAAGAUGUCUUGGUGAGCCUCAAUGGUGUUGCGGAAAGCUCAAAGGCCGCACAACAGCAGACAUUAUCCCCUCGAUCUAGAUCCUCGUCAAAGGUUCGCUUCGCAGAAGACAUGGAUGACUACGAGAUCAGAUCCAAUCCUUCGACAUCCUCUAGAAGUGUGCCCGAGCGUUGGGGAGGCUUGGAGAUUCCCGAUGAGGAGCGCGACGCUGGCAGAGAGAUCCUUUACCAGGUCACGCAGCAGGCGUUCAACGAGCUUCUUGACGCCAUAUUCAAGGACAAGGAGAACUUGGCCGUCAAGGCAGCUGCCACCAAGGCAAAACGAGAUAAGAACAGGCCUCUGUUCGAGCACCUGACUGUUGCGGAGCCGAAGCGCAAGGUGGUCGAGCCGCGGCAACCAAGGAAGGCACUCGACGAGGAGAAGCCCGUCGCUGAAAGAUCCCUGGAAGAACUUCUGAUGACUAGUGGUUACAGAGUCGGGGAAAACGGCGAAACAGAGGAUGUUCCCAUCUCAGAAGAGCGGCAGAGGGUGGAAGAAGUCAUUGACUCGGAUGAAGAUGAUGAGGAGGUUAAUGAGGACGAAGAAGAAGAUGUCUCAACCGUGGAGGAAGUCGAAUACCGGGACCCUACUAUGCCCCAAUUCCGUCCGAAUAGUGAGACGGAUGAGCCUAUGUCUCCAGGCAGCACCCCGCCCACUUCAGACGACUCCUCGUUGUCGACGAAGGGAAUGAAGUCGCCCGUGCAGGGAAAAUCAUCAAAGUCUGCAAAGGAGCCGAAAACCAUCCCGCAUUUCACCCUGCUGGAAUGGAAGCGGCUCGACCUAGCAGAGAAGGAAGCUGCCGAUCGCGGUGGCUGGGGCAAGCUCAGCUUUGAUGAGUUUGAGGAAAUCUACAAGAGCCAGGAGAACGCUGGCAACCGUCUGGACUAUCUUGGCAGCUGGGUCGACUUUUGCAUCCCCUAG